ACGCCCAAUCCUACCACUCCUCCAACUUCCCCUCCUCCAUCACCCAUGCCCAGCACAGAUCCCAAACUAGGUGGUUGGGUUAUUUGGUCAAAACGUCCCUCAGAUCCUUCUACUGCUCCCGGUAUCAUCAUCUCUCCUCAUGCUCGUCCUCCUCCCGAUGUCAUCCAAUAUGCCCUCGACAUCCCAACGCCCCCUCCAUCUCCCACACCAGUAUCCGUCGUUUUACCCUCAGAUGUCUCAGUGCCCACCCCUUCAGAGCUCCUAGAUGGCACAGAAUCAAAUACUACUCCUGCCCUUUCUACAGCAUUUGACACACCUGUUCCCGGCUCACCGGUUUCCACUAAUACAUCAUUUUCCCUCGCAAAGGCCCCCGAACAACCUGAAGAGAAGCCUUCGGUGGAGGCCUCGCCAUCGGCUGCCGAACUAUUUACUCAACACGAGCCGACUGCAGAGCCUGAAUUAUCAUUCGAUGAGGCUCCAUCCAAUGCAGAAGCAUCCACGUCUUCCCCCACACCUGCACCCGUCCCAAGGCCUGCAGUGUCAUGGGCCUCUCUCCUCCGCAAACCUGGCCCAUCCAACCUCCCCGCAUCCUCCGUGGUAGGCUUCUCCAUCCCCGCCUCCCCUCCACCCAUCGCCACCACCCCAAAAACCUCAUCCCACCCUAAAAAGUCUGAGCUUCUGACCCUGCUCAACUCCGGCGGAUCAUCCGCAGCAGCCAUGCGCAUCAGGCCACGCGGCCUCGUCAACUCUGGCAACUUGUGCUUCGCCAAUGCGGUGCUCCAGGUGCUCGUGUACUGUCCUCCAUUCUGGCGGUUCUUUACGGAUCUCGGGCGGUUCCUUGAGCCUGCGGAGGAGUCCAAGACACCGCUUGUUGAUGCUACCAUUCGGUUUGUGAAGGAGUUUGCGCCAAAGGAGAGGGCACCUGUUGAGGGCAAGGGAAAGGGAAAGGGCGUAGAGCGUUAUGGAGCCAAUGGUCUUGUGCAUGAAGAAGUGGAUGAUGAUAUUAUGGAUUCGUUUAUGCCGACAUAUGUACAUGAUGCUUUGAAGGAGAAGAAGAGGUUUGAUCAUAUGCGCGGUGGGCAUCAAGAAGACGCAGAAGAAUUCCUUGGAUUCUACCUCGACACGCUCGAAGAAGAGCUCCUAACGCUCUCCUCAUCACUCACCAACCCCAACCAGGCUUCAGCUCACCAGACCAACAACGCCCCAGCAAACAACGUGCAAGAAGAGGGGUGGCUUGAGGUAGGCAAGCGUAACCGUACUGUCCUGACACGCUCCACCAAGACAGUCGACUCCCCCAUGACGCGUAUCUUCGGUGGCAAAUUCCGCUCCACUCUCCGUGUACCGCAUCAAAAAGACUCUGUCAUCUUCGAAGACUGGCGUAGUCUGCGGUUAGACAUCCAACGCGACACAAUCCACACAAUCAAAGACGCCCUCACCCACAUCUCCACACCCCAAUCUGUGCAAGUCACCUCCGUAACACGCCCAGGCGCAACCCUGGACGCAACCCAACAAGUCCACAUCGAUUCCCUCCCUCCGAUUCUCAUCCUCCACCUCAAGCGGUUCUUAUACGACGCUAAUAAAGGCGGGGUUGCAAAGGUUGGUAAACAGGUUGCGUUUGCGCCUGAGCUUGAGGUGGGCGCGGAUGUGAUGGUGCAGGGGAAAAAGGUGAAUGGGACGAGGUAUCGGUUGUUUGGAGCGCUCUACCACCACGGUCAAUCAGCCUCGGGCGGACACUACACCCUCGACGUCCUGCACCCCAAUAUCGACAUGACAAAUCCACCUAUAAAGCCGCGUGAGGGGUGGAUACGGAUCGAUGAUGAGUUGGUUUCGGAUUUGAGGGCUGAGGAUGUAUUUGGGGGUGUGGAAAGGGAUGAGAGGUGUGCGUAUUUGUUGUUUUAUAGGAGGGUUGGUGCGGGGAGGGGGGGGUUAGGUUUUUGCUUUGGUAGUGAUGAUUUUUUUGGGGGCGGUGGUGUUUGGGGUCAAUAGUUUGUGCGAUGCUUUGAAUGCGAUAUUGUUUGGAUUGUUUUUGGCGUUGGCGGGGAGUACCGGUGCUUUUGAAUCAUUACAGCUACUAUCAUUCCGGGUAAUCUGCAACUACCAUGUAAUAUGCAAAAUGUUCAAAACACCUCAACGCGCUGCUCGACUCACUUCAAAAAAAAUUCAGGCAUAUGUAUACUACUUAUAUACGAUGUACUGUC